CUGCUAUCACUGUGGUGCAGAGUGACUUUAAAUAACCAAAGUCUGGUUCACAAAAUGCAUUUUAUAUCUAAGAUGGCUAGGUGUCUGCAGCCAUGUUUGUGGUACUGAAGGCUGCACAAAUGCAGGUGCAGCACAGUGUUUUGGGCUGAAUGCCAACGUGAGCGGAUAACACAUCUUUCAUCUUAUGCAAAUUAAGGGAUCAUCAGAGUUAUUACAAUUCACCCUGAGGGGACAGAUAUCUGUUCCACAUGCCAUGGCAAUCCAUCCAAUGGAGGCUGAGUUAAGACAUUUUGUUAUAAUUUAAACAAAUCAAAAGAAAUUAUUAGAAGAAAUAUCAAUCAAACCUAAACUGAGAUUAGUAGUAAUCUGUCACCCCUAACCUGAUAAGAGCUGGUUUGAUGGACAGGUUUGUUCCAUGCGUGACUUGGUCGAGGAUGAUAAUGAGAUAUUCUGUUACUUGAACUUUGUUUACGACUUUUUUCUCUGUUUGACAAUACUAAAAUAACCCAGGCUAACUCAGAAAUGCCUUGCCUUCAACCUUUGGCCCUGAGUUUCACUGAAGUGAAAUUGUCACUGGUAUGUGCCAUUUUUCUCACUGCUGUGAGUAAAUUAAUGACUGCUAUGCAAAAGAGCUAAAAGGGUUAUCUGAAGGAAGGAAUCAUUUUAAACCAUUCAGUGUGUCUUUGUGUCUCUAAACCUGCUUCAAAACAGCAGAACCAGGCAGGCUCCAAUUACCAACUGCUUCAGGAUCUAUACUCUAGGAAAUGUUGAUUUUGUAGUAUUCAAAGAAUGCUCUUGAUUGAGAAACCACAAAAUGUGGAAUCACGAGUCCAACCUGAAAAUAGGCGGAAGAACCCCUACCCAGCCGUCACCACACCCGUUUUGAUGGAGAGAUUGUAAAGAGGAGUAGGGGGUAACCUGUUAACAGAAUUCUUGCCUGUCAACUAUCCAUUGUGGCCCUUCCCACUCUUGUGUGUGUGACGGCUAUAUAAACAAGGAGCCCAAGGUAAUGCUUUCAACUUCAGGUCAACCCCUCACCAACACUCCAACAUGUCUCUGAGAUCUACAUCCUACGGCCAGAAGACCAUGAGCGUCUACGGUGGAGCCGGUGGACAUGGCACCCGUAUCUCCUCAUCCAGCAUGAACUACGGGUCUCCCUCCAGGGGCUUCGACCUCACCGAUGGCCUGGACCUCCACGUUAGUGCCAACGAGAAGGCCACCAUGCAGAACCUGAACGACCGUCUUUCCUCCUACCUGGAGAAGGUGCGCAGCCUGGAGAAAAAGAACGAUCAACUGGACAAGCAGAUCAAAGAAUGGUACCUGAGCAGAACCAUCGUCUCCCAUGACCACACCAGAUUCUUUGUCAUCAUCGAGGACUUGAAGGACAAGAUUCGUGUCGCCUCCAGGGUCAAUGCCAAGACAAUCCUGGACAUCGACAAUGCAAAGCUGGCUGCUGAUGAUUUCAAAAUGAAGUAUGAGAACGAGCUGGCCAUGAGGAUGGCUGUGGAGGCGGACAUCUCUGGACUUAAGCGGGUGCUGGAUGAAAUGAACAUGGCCAGGAUGGAUCUGGAGAGUCAGUACGAGUCGCUGAAGGAAGAGCUCAUCAUGCUCAAGAGGAACCACGAGGAGGAGCUGCUUCUGAUGAGGGGUCAAAUCGGAGGCACUGUAAACGUCUCCGUGGACGCUUCUCCCUCUCCAGACCUGAACAAGGUCAUGGACGAAAUCAGAGAACACUACGAAGGAGCGAUCUGCAAGAACCGCAAGGAGCUCGAGGCCUGGUACCAGACCAAGCUUACAGUGGUGGAGCAGGACGUGAUGACCAACACAGAGUCCCUGACGAUGUCCCGCACAGAGAUCAGGGACCUGAAGAGCACCCUCCAGAGGCUUCAGAUCGAACUCCAGUCCAAUUUGAGCAUGAAAUCCUCUCUGGAGAACACCCUGGGAGACACUCAGGCUCGCUACUCAGCACAGCUGGCCAGCCUCCAGGCCAUGGUCACAAGCCUGGAGAGUCAGCUUACCCAGCUCCACGCAAACAUCGCCAGCACCAAGCAAGAUUACGACAUGCUGCUGGACCUCAAGACCCGGCUGGAGCUGGAGAUCGCAGAGUACAGGAGGCUGCUGGACGGGGAGGAUGAGAGCACCAGACAAGUCGUCACAAAGGUCAUCACGGUGGUGGAGACACUUGUAGAUGGAAAGGUGGUCGGCAGCAGCAAGACUGUUGACGUGGAAGUGGAUGAGAUUGAGUGAAAACUUGGAAAAAUCAAUAAAAAUACUACAAUUGAA